AAAUUAAACCCCAAACAUGCAAGUUUAUAUAUUUGUAUGAGAAAACAAUAAAAAAAAAAAUCUUUUCAACCUUCUUGUCACCAAAAACAACAUGUCGACCGAUGAGACUUUAACUGAUUCCCAACUUCAACUGGUUCCCGUUUAUGGCUCUUCUUUAGAAAACAUGAGCGACGGCGAAUCCUUUCGUACGGCUUUGUACAUUGAUCUUGUCGAAUACCCUGAUAUUUUCUGGGACAUACUCCCUGAUUUUCUCAAAAAAAUUGGCAAAACUCUGAAGUUUCCUACUGUGUGCGGAGAGAGUCUGGAUCUGCAUCAGCUUUUCGUGGAGGUCACUAAAAGAGGUGGUCUUCAAAUGGUGAUCAUGAAUCGUAAGGCCAAAGAGGUGAUUAGCACAUUUAACUUGAAGAAACCAUUGACCAACGCAGCAUAUGUUGUAAAGAGGCAUUAUCUGAGGAUGCUCUUUGAAUUCGAACAUGUGUAUUUCUUCGACCAACCACUUUCUUCAUUCUGGGAGAGAGAAGAUGUGAAGCGCCUUGUCGAGAACGGUGUACAGGACAAAGGUAAUCAACUUUCAGGCAUACAACUUGGCUCCAGGAUUGAAGGGAUGAUCGAUGGGAAGUUUGAAACGGGCUAUCUUGUGACCAUGAAGAUGGGAUCACAGGAGCUCACAGGAGUGCUUUACCACUCUGCUCCUCCCGAAACUCCUCGAAGACGCAAGAAGAAAGCAAAACUGUCUCAUGUGAAUUCUUUGCUCCCUAAGGUCAACAUAAGCGGUUAUAACUUCUUCUUCGCUGAGGAGUACAAGAGGCUUAAGGCUGCGUACGCUGGGCAGGAACGUUCCCUCGUCAAGGAGAUCGCGAAUAAGUGGAGGAACCUCUCUCCAUCUGAUAGAGAGGUUUAUCAAGAAAAAGGGGCUAAAGAUAAAGAGAGAUACAAGACACAGAUGGCUGCGUACUUAUCCUUCCUUGAUAUUGGUGCGGCGGGAAGUGUUGUUGCGACUGAUGAUGCUGUGGCUGAGGCUCAAGCUCAAGCUGAGGAUGAGGCCGAGGAGGGUCUCUAGUCUGUCUUAUCUGCUUUAUUUUUCAGCAUUUUAUAAUUUAAUAAUAAGUUGUAGAGUUGGCCAUAGGUUUACAUGCGUGUAAUCUUUGCCAACUUUUACAUGGGUUGUUGUCUUUCUUUGUUCUUGUUUUUCUCUGUUUUGCAACUUUUGUGUCUGUCUCUCUGUUUUUAUGUUUCCAUUUGACAACUUUUAAUUAAAUCAUAAGUUAUUUUACUUU